UUUGUAGUCAGUGACGUCACGAGCGCGUGUGUUUGUGGCUGUUUAGUUAGAGCAAGCGUCUGUGCCCGUGUGCGCAGCUGAAGGGGACUUUGCCGGUGACAGCGUUCACCUGAAAUGAUCCCAGCUGCACAGAUAUUCAAUGUUUCAAGGGUCAUAGGUGCUGAACUAUUUGCAGCAGGACCUCGUGGUAUUUGGAAAAUGGCAGCAUCCAGUCGAGCACAGGUUUUGGCUCUGUAUAAGAGCAUGUUGAGAGAGAGUCAGAAGUUCAGUUCCUACAGCUACAGAACAUAUGCUAUCAGAAGAAUUAGGGAUGCUUUCAAAGAAAAAAAGAAUGUUGAUGAUUUUCAUGAAAUCCAAACCCUAAUUCACAGUGGCAAAGAAAAUUUGCAAGUAAUUCAGCGUCAGGUAACCGUAGGUGAGAUGUACGCUACGCACAAGCUGAUAAUUGAAUCUUCAUCAAAACCUUAAUGUUAACAAGAUGACACUACAUGGAAGCUCAAUCGCUGGCUGUUCUUACGUGCUUACUUGUAUCUCUUCUUCAUUUAGAUUGUAUUUACUUUACCCACUUGUACAACUUUAUUAUAAACACAGAUUUUAAGGGGAAGAAUGUCUAGGUGGUGAUAAUGGCCACUGCGUCAUAUAUGUUCCCCAGCCUGAGCGACUCAUAAAAAGCUGUCAAUGAAUUUGUCUUUACUACAUAAAUAAAGUUACAUUUUUAAGACA